AUGGUAUCAGAGUACCAGACGUCAGUGCCAGAACGAGGCUGUGACGAGUGUGUAGAGUACCAGACGUCAGUGCCAGAACGAGGCUGUGACGAGUGUGUAGAGUACCAGACGUCAGUGCCAGAACGAGGCUGUGACGAGUGUGUAGAGUACCAGACGUCAGUGCCAGAACGAGGCUGUGACGAGUGUGUAGAGUACCAGACGACAGUGCCAGAACGAGGCUGUGACGAGUGUGUAGAGUACCAGACGACAGUGCCAGAACGAGGCUGUGACGAGUGUGUAGAGUACCAGACUACAGUACCAGAACGAGGCUGUGACGAGUGUGUAGAGUACCAGAACGAGGCUGUGACGAGUGUGUAG